AUGUCCCACAACUGCAAGUCGACCUACGCAGCAGCGACGACGCGAGACGCCAAUAACAACACUCUGUACCACAGCGGACCUACCCCAGCAUUCGGAACUCGAGGGUAUACUCCCCCGAGCGUUCCCAGCAAAGGGAACUAUCAGCAAGUGACAGCGAAAGUGCUCUUCGGCAGUGUGACGGCGAUCAAUGACCUCAAGCGGCAGGAGAAGGCGGGGCGCGAGGAACGGCGGAACCACUAG